AUGUCUAACUACACUUGUGACCGGCAUACCAAGUCUCUCGGCGAUAAUGAAAGUCCUCAAAGACCGCCUUGCACCGUACCAAAAGGAAAAGAUAAUGAAACACUAAUUGAAGUAAAUAGUGCUCCUGCAAAAAAGAGAAUAGCAGAUAUGGAUUAUGAUCCAGCAGAUUUCAGCAAUGAAAUGCAGAAAAUGCUUGAAGGAUUUGGAGCUGACAUUUUUAAGACACUAAGUCACAAGAAGAAGAGGGUGGAACAGUUGACCCAAGCUUCACUAAAAAAUACAAAUAAAAAGGUAGAAGAAAUUUGGAAGAAUCAGCAAACAGCCAGAGCCAAAUUGCAGGAAGAGUUUGGUAAACAGAUUAACUCAGUAUACCAACAGUGGGAAUCUGACGUAGAAAAAACAAAAGAACAAGAAGAAAAAUUAAAUACUCUGUUCAAACAACAGCAAAAGCUUUUCCAACAGUCCAGAAUAGUUCAAAAUCAAAGACUUAAAACUAUAAGAGAGCUAAGUGAACAAUUUGUCAGAGGACUUGAGGAACUUGAACGAUCAAGGCUAAGCCAACAGACAUCCCUUCAGUCUGAGCUCAAAAAAGAGAUGCAACUGUUACAGAAACGUAUAUUAAUGGACACUCAACAACAAGAAAUGGCUAAUGUAAGAAAGUCUCUUCACUCUAUCUUAUUUUGAACAAAAACAUUUUUAUUUUAAAUGCACCAACAAUGGUGA